AUGAUCAAGCAUGCAAACGUGGUCCAAACGCCAUCCAUGCCUGCUGGCGUCUCUGGAAACGUCCUUUUAAAUGCGAAUACUCCCAGUGAUGCUGUUUUUGCUGGACAGCCCAGUACUUCAGUGGCUGUUAACACCUCGGCUGCUGCUUCCAAACGCAUGGCCUUAGUUGAUCAUCGACAACUAAAGCCGCCGAUCGCUGUGAAUAGCAAUCCAGCCACAAAAUCGUCCGAAAUAAGCAAAAGCGAAAACAGAAGGAGUGCCAGCGCUCAUACCGUAGAUUGUUUCCACAAGGCAUUCAAAAAUAAGUUUCAGGAAGAAGCAGUUGGAGCAGUGGCGGCACCGAAAGGAAAUGCAGCAGUCGAAGUAGCAAGUCCAAAAUUGCGUCGUUCGGAAUCAACUUCCUGUUCGCGAACCAAUCGCUAUAUAGCAGUGAAGAACCGUCGAUAUAUUGUAAUC